UAUAUAUAAAUUGGCGUCAACUUCAAUUUGCGUUUGAAUGUAACAAUCGGAUUUUAUUACAUUAAUUUCCCACAAUUAAGAAAACAUACUCAUUACAUCCCCUACAUGGAAAUAAAAAACGUGCACCUCCUCGACUUCCCUGCCUUCCAGCACCGACAAGCUAAACCGACAAGGGUGAGGAAGGUGGAAUCCGCGCCGAGACGAGUCCACCAGCGCGACGUGUGCGCAGUGAAACGAACGGGGCGAACUGCGACGGGACUGCUGCACCCCGUCGAAUGGCUCGGCAGGGUGGUGGGUGGUAGGUAGCCCCACUGGCCUGGCGUCGUUCUCGCCACCGACGUCGCGUCGUGACACCGACGUUCAUGUUUCGUCGUGCUAUCGACUCGCGAGAGGGUAAAACACGCGUGUUGUCAAUCACGAAAACGCAUCUCGCGACGUACUCCUGACGUCGGGAUCGAUGUACAACGACGAGCGGUCUGUGGAGAACGGGCGUGAAAGGGGAACGAAUCGGUGGGUCCCUUGAAGCUAAGAAUAUCACCGUAGGGUAGGAAUCUUUAAAAAGAAAGAAGACACGAUAUAUAUAUAUACACGUACGUAUGAAGAGAAGGGAGCGCGGAUGCUCGUGGACGCAUGCAAAUAAAGUGAUUAUAUGUGGUGGAUGUAGCUCGAACGUGUCGCCAAGGGGGUGAAUCUGGGUCAUCGCGAGUGGAUUUCUUCGCGAAUAGAACGAAAUAGGAUUUUGCAUUCUACCGAAGGAAACGGAUGAGGGUUUUCCAGAGCGGAUGCAGUUGAGUAUAUUACAUCGAGUACAUUGAAACUGCAUUUAGGUCGUCGGAGGGUGUUUUUAUCGUGGAGCGAUAUAGAAAACUGUUUCAGGCAUUCAGAGAGCUUUAUUACAUCUCAAAAUUAAAUCCUCUCCAAAACAAAUAUAAAUGUAACACGGUGAGAAGCGUGAUGUGUUAAUUAAUAAUUUGUUAAUAGUGACAAUUACAUUUACACGUAAUAACAUUAAUUAUCGCGUUCUAAUCAUGAUAUAGUAUAUAAAGAACGCGGGAUAAUUAGCGGAGAAAUUAAUGCAGCAAAAAAUAUUGGAUCAAGAAGAUAUUUUGUCGAGGAAGCAAUUUCUCUGCAUCACGUUCUGGCAGAGUCCUUUGAGGACGGUGAAUAAUAUCAACGGUAAAUAAUAUGGCGUGUGUUACUCCGCAGUCGAUGACGUCAAGGAAUGAAAGGCAUGUAGACGGUUCGAUGUAAAGAGGCUGGGCAACGAAAGUGGAUACAACGAAAUUUCCCAAAGGACGAGGAACGAAUUUCCCAAAGGGAAGGAGCAUCGGCAAUCGCGUUACAGAGAUAGAAAGUGAGAAAUAGAUUCUCGUAGCGAUCAUAAUAAAGCUUUAUCGAUUAAUCGCUUCGGAUUGGGUGCAGUGCCGGUGCACGUAUCUGUUUUUGAACAAGUCUUUUCCGAGAAGUGAGAAAUGUGUGAGGCAAAUUCUUCAUUCAUUAUUUUAUAAGUUUGGAACGAGUCUUUCUCCCAGUUUUUGAAAUAUUUUCAACAUUUAUUUUACAUGUAAAAAGCUUGAAUAAUAAAUCACACUGUGAUAUUUUAAAGGAUGUUAACGAGGAGAAAAAAGAACGUGACGCGAUCGAUUCUACGUUUUUCGAGAAAUUCUUAGUCGCUUUUCUUCUCAAUUUUUACAGACGUCUUCAAGAUUCCUUUUUAUACUUAGGUGACAAAUGCGGAGAUUUUUUCUUAAGAGAGAGGAGAAUCUCCGAACCGAUCGUAUCGAUUUUUCACUUGAAAGACUUUUUAACUAUCUCGACAAAUAGGGCGGAUGCCUAAGAAGGGAUCCCUGAAGGGAUAAAUCAAAAUAAAUCUCAAAGAGAGAAAGAGAGAGGGGUGAAGCGUUCGAAGGGGUUGCAAUAUAUCGAGUGCAGGGUUAACGAGAGGUGCAAGAGAGCCGAGAGAGAAGUCGAGACGAGUGGUGUUCCUCUCGAUUGAGAAAUAGAGAUAUCGUCGUAGAAGCAGGUUGAUACACACAAAGUGGGGACGUUGUGGAAAUGGGUCAAGAGUGUCUCGCCGAUGGUAGUGUGGCAGCUUCUACUUAACUUGUCUCACGUUGAAUUGUGCUAUAUCAAACGCUGUAGCGCGGAUUAAUUGAGAACAGGUCCUCAGGAAAACUGCAAAUCCUGACAGUAUUGUUAAUGCAACACAAGUGAAUCGAAAUAAGUGUGCUAUUAUGCGAAUUUCAAGUCGCGUGAUUGCUUUUGCAAUCUAACGAAAUUAAAGUAAAAGAAUUGAAUUUUGAAUUUCAGAAUUAAAGUAAAUAAUUAAAUUAAAUUUCAGCUUCCAAAGUGAUGCGAAUUUUUGCACUCGCUUAUUGUUUUGCGACGGAUAAAAAAUCCAUAUAUGGAUGUUAAUUUCGCAAUUAAAGAAUUUGAAAGGAGUGCAACAAUGCCAAAGAACUAAGUGGUCUGUGCGAUUUAAUGAACGCGAGAUCACCGAAAAUACAACGAGAAUCACAACGAGGAACGCAAGCUCGAUGCGUCGGCGGUGCAUCGCACAAGAGAUGCGUCGUUUAUCGCGGCAGAAACGCAUCCGGUCAUCGUCCACGUGCUGAAAUCCGCGAGUCGUCAAUGUGAUCGUGUCGUCGCUGUUGUUUCUCUCGAGGAGACAUAGUCGUCUCCUCUCAGACUGGCGAAUUCAACGAGGCUUCAAUCAUUUUUUAUGGUCUACGGAUCGCACAGAGCCACAGAGUCAGCUGCCACCACGGGGAUCGCUUGGCUCCACAAUAUCACCGCUCAAGGUGAAAUGAGCAACAACGCUGGAUUCGGCAUCGGCGUCGGCAUCCCCGUUUCCAACGGGCCGACCCUUGCGGCCACCCAGCAGGGUCAAGGAGUGGCCGCCCUUAUGGUGAUGCUCGCCGUUCUGUGCUUCAUCUUUGCGUAUUGCUGUUGGGGUGCACCCUUCUGUCGAUCCCUAUGCAGACGGCAUUGUUGCUGUCGCUUGGAAGAUCCCGAUCCGGAUCCACGGUUCGGCGGUAGUGACCAAGCCAUGGUAGCGACGCCGACGAUCAUCCUCCUGCCGCAUGGCAGAAUGCUUGUCGUCGACGGCACGAUUUUCACUCAGUUCCAAACUGAUCCCACAGGUUUAGACCUGGUGGAACUUGGCGAUAGCGUGUUGCGCGCUCAGAGGAAUCCGCGAAGCGUAAAUCGUCAUCAAUUACAAAGCAGUCAAGGCAGUAUCCUCGAAAUGGACGCUGAAACACCUAGCAAGGACAGCUUAGGUUCCGUCGGAUGUUUCCCACCGCCUACCUAUGAGAGUAUUUACGGCAAAGAGGAAACCGACAUGCCUCCCUCUUAUUCCGACAUUCUCUUGCACAGAUUCGCCAAUCUACCGCAUGACAUCGAUAUGCACGGCUACUGCAACGACGGCAAGGAGGAGAUCGAGAUGCAGAGUCUGGAUAGUUGUCCGCAUAUCAUUGGUAAUCCGCUGAACUCGAUGCCCGGAUAUCACCCUUACGCUACGGUGACAAGUCUGUCCAGUCUGCAGAGCUACCCCCGACGGAACGUUUCGCGCAAUCCGUCCAUUAUCAGCAACCCGCUGGACAACUUUUACGUGGACAACGAGCUCAGUCUCUAUCGUCUCAGUCGGGAGACAAUGCCGCGGGUCUCCAGUAACGACGCGAACCUCGAAACCUUCCGCGCGUCUCACGAUGAGAUAUCGUUCCGCGUUCCGCUCGACGAGAACGAGAAUCAUCGGCACGCAAGUCGCAACAAUUAUCAGGUCGCCGGCAACGAGCUGAUGAAUACGAGAAAUCGCGCCCGCAGCGCUUCCAGGCUGAGCCAGGACAGCCGCAGGAGUUCGUUGAAUCGCGACGUAGAUCAACAUCAGGUUUUCGUCAGGUUGCCCGAUCCGGAAGAGAUCGAGGCAGCGCGAGACAGACGUGCCGAUGAAGAUCAGCGACCUUCUCGGACGUACCGCGAAGAUCAGAACGCCAGGAAUCUACAUCUGGAUCAUCCUCAAUUGCAAGACGCGGUCAAUUGCAACAUCAGUGACGACGAUCCCAGAUACUUCGCGAGAAACAGGCGACUGGAGAAUGAGGACAGGAAUGAAGACGAAGCUGAGGGAGUUCAAUAUCCCGAUGAGGAGGCUGGUAAUUUCGGCGCGCUCGCUGAUAUUCGCGAAAGCAGAGUGUAAUCCGAACUUUUAAUUGCGCGUUCGCAUUCUUUCGAGCGAUUGCUAAAAAGGAUAUCGUCAGAUCCGAAGUGCUUUAAAAGAAAAAAGUGUUGAUUCUUUUAAAUAAGACAUAGUUUAAAUUUAAAGAAAUAUUUAUAAUAAAUAAUUUUUAUCUUCAUCAUCUUCAUUAAGAACUUGUUGAAAAAGCCACAGCAUUCUAAUUUGUAAUUAAUGUUAACGUUCUUUUAAUUCCGUAGCAAAGAAUUGAUUCUCUUUGCUCUUUAUAUCAUGCGAAUUUGCUUAAACGUUAUAUAAUAUUUCGUACGACAGACAAAGAAAGUUGCGCAGAAAUUGCAAGACUUUCUGUGAUGAGUUAUUGUUUCAAUUAUAUUUACACAUGAACAAGUUGAUAUGAUAUCCGGGAUUAAAAAUUAUGGAAAUUGAGUCGAAAAGUUAUGGUUACGACAUAGAUAUUGCAUUGUGCAGAAAAUAUAAGACGAUGUUAUAAUUGUAUAUGUAUAUAUAUAUGUGACAAUAUAAUUGUACGUGACAGUCUAGUAAAAUUCGUCACACAUACACGUACAUACACAUGGUACAUACACACACAUGCAGUAUUUUUGACAGACGAUCGUACAGUAUGAAAUUGAACAACGAUUUUUUCAACGGAAUCUUGAAAGUAUAGCUCUUACGUAUGGUGACUAGAAAGGAUUGGAAAGAAAAAAAAGAAAACGUAAACAUAAUUAUAAGUUCUUUUGAGAUAUGCUGGACGAAAAAUAUCAAACGGAAAUACCAAACAGUUUUUAUUCUCUUACAAAUUAAUACAAAUUGUCGAUUAUGCGAUAAAUUAUGUUACGUAAUCGAAAUCCUUCUUGAUCAAAAGAAAAACAUCGAUUAAAAGAAAUUAGCGAAAGCUGAGCGAUUUUCGAUGUAAGUUUAUACGCGAAAAAUUGUGUUUAAAUCUAACAAACGAAUCAUAGCAAAGUUAGUUCAGUCCGUCCAGGCUUUAACAAGCGCACUUAAGUUUCACGAGCAUAACCGACAGCAAUUUAAUCAUGAUUAGCGAUUUCCUCCCCCUCGAUAUUUUAUAAGUAAGCUAAGCAGAUGCCAUGACCAUUAAAUAGUUGUACCAUUAAAAAAAAUAGUAUGCUUCUUAUAUUAUUUAUAAAAUACACUCUCUUUUCUCACUAUUUUUGAAUGGUACUAUCCAUUGGAUACAUCGAAUGAUUUUAGUAUUUGCGAGAAGUAAUAAGACGAACAUAAAUCUAUAGUAACUAAAAAGAAAAUGAUUAAUGGAGGUUUCAGGAACCAAAGAAAGAUCUGUAUUGAAAUGGGGUAAUUAGAGAUACAGCAGAGUAUCAAAACGUCAAAUUGUACCAAGCAUACUUUUCAGAAAGAGAACGUAACAUAACGACGAUUGGCUUUAGAUACACUUCUCACGUACACAUAUACGUGUAAGAUAAUUAUAGAAAGAAUUAUAAAACGUUGUACACACGUUAUCACUGUUACCGUGUAUCAUAAGGACAAAUCACUGACCGAGCGGUACUGAGAGAAUAAAAAUUUUGCAUGAAGCAUAUAUAAUACUGUGUGCCUUCCUAGUUUUUAGAUUGCUAAAUGAACAAUAUAGACAACAGGAUUUUUGUUUUACAAUAGCUGAUCAUUUCGACCAAGCUCUUUUUCUUCCUUUGUUUUGAACCUAAUUAUAAUAAAACAAUAAGAAACAAUUUACUCUGUAAGAUAUAAUGUUAUUCUAUGGAAAAAGGAAUAUCUCCCUUCGAAUACAAACGAUAUCAAUAUAAAUAAAUGCUUCUCAUAACGAGAAACAUAUCUAGAGUUUCAUUGUACAUACAUAUUGUUAAUUAUAACGAACACCGGAUAAUAAAACACGGAAGGCCAAUUAUACGAAUGCACAAAUUAAUAAAUUGACAACUUUUUUUAAUUCACAAUAUUUAAAGAUAACGCGUCGUUCGAUGUGAGAGCGGUCGACUUGUAUUCA